AUGCUAGCCAAAGCUUUCCAGGGAAACCGUCUAAGACUCCUAAACUAAUCUCAGAGAUUAUUCUCUGCUAAGGCAGUUCAUGAGCCACUUCCAUGGGAAAUAAACUCACUUGAGCCAGUCCUCUCAGGCUACUUACUUGAUCACCAUUACAACAGACAUCACAAAUUAUACGUAACAAAGUUCAAUGAGACUGUUGAUCAACUUGAAGAAGCUUAAUCCAAGAAUGAUGUAGCAUAAAUAUCCAAACUUGGUUAAAAUCUCAAGUUUUUCGGAGGUGGAAAUUAUAACCAUACUUUCUUCUGGGAGUCACUUGCCCCAACCAAGUUAGGAGGUGGAAACCUACCAGGUGCCGAUUCUGUUCUUACCAAGCACAUCAAUCAAACUUGGGGUUCAUACGAUAAAUUCAUUGCUAACUUUAGUGCCUAAACAGCUUCAAUUCAAGGAUCAGGCUGGGGAUGGCUAGUUUACCAUAAGGGAUCUAAGACACUCCAAUAUAGACCAUCAUACAACUAAGACUUAAUUACCGACUAUCAAGGAGAUCUAGUUCCAUUAAUGAAUAUCGAUGUCUGGGAACAUGCCUGGUACCUUGAUUACAAACAUGUCAAAGCAGAUUACUUAAAGGAGAUCUGGAAAGUCAUAAACUGGGACAGAGUUGAGAAGAGAUUAAUUGCUGCUCAAAAAGCUUGA